AUGGCGACUUCGACGACGGGGGGCCCUUCUCCGGCGGUUCACGUUGCCAUUCCAUCGUGUCGGCCCGUUUUGGACUUUACCAAAGACGAACAAGACACCCUGACGCGAAUUAAACCCCCUCGACUUCUAUUCCAGCCCUCUUUUUCCUCGGUGGCCGCCCUCACCGCGGACCUUCUUCUCGCCGAGGCCUAUGAUGACCUGAUUACGGAGGGCACCGGGUGCUGUGAGUCGCUGUGGAACCUCUGCGAAUUAAGCCCCGCGCUGUCUUUUUUGGACCCCCCGGAGGAUUUGUACGAGGCGUGUUUUUCCUUCACUCGCCGGGCGCUUAUUUAUCCCCUGCAUCGUCAUCUGGGGUUGGUCCAGAGGGUCUUCGCGGUCGUGGGGACGCGAUUGCUGCUAGGCCGGGCCUACGUCCUACGCGCGCUCCUGCGCAUUCGCGACGUCCUUGCGCACGCCGAGCAUAAACAUGUCCUCAAUUUGAUAUUUCUGGACCCGUUGGUGGGGUAUUGGAUGAAUAUUGCCGGAGCGGAGGAUCGACUCACCGGGGUUGCCUUGGAAAUGCAUGCGCAUGCGGUCCGGACGGAGCCAUUGGAGGUUAAUAGACAUUCUUCCUCCAAUCAUGGGGGAGGCUCCCUGUUAAGUGGCUUGCUCCAGGACGAAAAAAAAGUACUCUAUCCGCUCACGUUGCUCAAUCUUAGACUUCCUUUAUAA